AUGUCACCAAUUUCAAGGAUAGAAAGCAAUAAAGCUGGAAAAUUGGCAAACGAUGAUUAUGAUUUGCAGUCAGUAAGCAUUGAAAAGCGGUUAAAUGAUGAUUCCGGAUGGAGAACGAAUUUAAAAAAUAGCAACCGGAAAAAUGAGAUGAAAAUCAGUACAAAACGAAUGCCUUUCUUAUCGAUUUAUCGUUAUGCGAAACCAUUCGAUUAUUUCUUAUUAAUAACUGGCAUUUUACUGAGCAUAGCUCAGGGUAGUUUACAAGCUGUUCAAUCAAUUAUCUUCAAAAGAUUAUCAGACACACUGAUCAAAGGUCAAACAAAAUGGGGAACAGAAGAAUUUGAUGAAUUGAAAUUUCAUGAUGGAGCAAUGGAAGCUAUCUUUAUGUACUUCGGAUACGGUAUUGCAAUUCUCAUCCUAGCAACUAUUUCUAUGACUUGUUGGCAUACAAUUUGUGAACGACAGAUUUAUCAAAUUCGUAAACGUUAUUUUGCGGCCGUACUGCGACAGAAUAUGGGUUGGUUCGAUUCGCAUCCAUCCGGUGAAUUGAUAACGAAAAUGUCUGAUGGAAUUGAUAGAAUAAAAGAUGGUAUUGGUGAUAAAGUGGGUAUUUUAUUUUCAAAUGGGACAGCAUUUAUCGGUGGAAUAGUUGUUGCAUUCAUAUGCAGUUGGGGAAUGACACUAAUAAUGUUAGCUUUUAUGCCGAUUCUGGCUGGAUUAAUGGCUUUCUUGACAAGAUUCGUUUCAACCAGUGUACGAAAGGAAUUACAUGCAUAUGAGAAAGCAGGUGCAGUAGCUGAAGAAGUAAUUGUUGGAAUUCGAACAGUUAUAGCUUUAAAUGGUCAGAAGAAGGAAAUUAAUAGAUAUCAAAAUGAAUUGAACAAAGCAUCAGAGUUCGGUCAUCGUAAGGCUUUGUUUAUUGCGCUUGCAACUGCAUGGCUCUUUUGUCUUAUUUUCAUUACAAUGGGUACUGCAUUCUGGUACGGUACAAAAUUAUACAACGAUGGCUUCAUUGAGGCAGGUGCGGUAUUUGCCACUUUUUGGGCGGCAAUAGGUGGUACAUUAUCACUUGGUAUGGCUGUACCACAAAUUGGCGCAAUAAUGACUGCGCAAAAUGCAGCUAUUUCCAUUUUUGAAAUUAUUGAUCGGAUACCGGAAAUUGAUUGCCAAAGCACAGAAGGGAUAAAUAUAGCAAAUCCGAAAGGUGAAAUUGAAUUUAAGGAUGUCCAUUUCUGCUAUCCUACAAGACCGGAUGAAGAGGUUUUAAAAGGAAUAAGCUUUAAGGUGAAAGCUGAGCAAUCAGUGGCGCUAGUUGGUUCAAGCGGUUGUGGCAAAAGUACUUUAGUUGGUUUACUACUUCGAUAUUACAAUCAAGGAUGUGGUGAAUUGACAAUAGAUGGCAUUCCGCUUGAUACGAUAAAUAUUCGAUGGUUACGACAAAUGAUCGGUGUGGUAUCACAAGAGCCUGUACUUUUUGCGACAACUAUUGAGGAGAAUAUACGACUCGGGAACGAAAAAAUGACAAAUGAAGAUAUGAAACGAGUAUGUCAGAUAGCAAAUGCACAUAAUUUCAUUGAAGAACUUCCAAAGGGUUAUAAAACACGUAUCGGUGAAGGUGGCGUACAAUUAUCUGGCGGACAAAAGCAACGUAUUGCUAUAGCUCGUGCGUUGGUGAAGAAUCCAAAAAUUUUACUUCUUGAUGAAGCUACUACUGCAUUGGAUACUAAAAGUGAAAAAAUCGUACAGCAUGCUUUAGAGAAAGCUAGUAUUGGACGUACUACUCUUACUAUUGCACAUCGUCUUUCAACAAUUCGAAAUGCAGAUCAUAUCAUUGUAUUGGAACAUGGAAAAGUUGUUGAAAAAGGUACACAUGAAGAGUUAAUGGCAUCUGGUGGAAUAUAUAUGAAAUUGGUACAUGCUCAAAAUGUUAAAAAGUUAGCAAAGGAAAAUAUGCCUAAUGCUGAAGAAGUUGCAGAAAUAAUAAAAGAUGAAGGUGAAGAGAUAGUAAAUUUGAUACGAAAUAAAUCACCUGAUCAAAUAUCUCAAUCAAUUUCUACCACAUAUCAGUCUGUCGACGAUUCAAAACAAGAAACAAAUAAAGCAGAAGUAAAAACUAAAUCUAAUUUAUGGACUAUUUUGCAAUUUGCACGCGGUGAAUGGUUUUUGUUACUUUUUGCAUUACUUUUUGCGCUUCUAAAAGGAUUAAUGUUUCCAACAUUUUCGAUUAUUUAUGGAGCAAUGUUUCAGUCAUUAGCAAUGCAAACUGCAGAACAACGAUUGCAAGAAGCUUUUGUAAAUGCUAUAUAUUUUAUCAUAUUUGGUAUCAUUUGUGGUUUUAUAACCUUCUUAGCAAGUUAUUUGUUUGCUAUUGCUGGUGAAUCGCUUACCAAACGAUUACGCAUUGCAAUAUUCGCUAAUAUUGUUAAUCAGGAUGGUGAAUACUUUGAUUCAUUGGAUCAUUCAUCGGGUAAUCUAAUCACUAAAUUAUCCACAGAUGUACCAAAUAUUCGUGCUGCAAUUGAUAACAGAUUAGCAGAUGUAUUACAAGCGAUAAUUUCCGUACUUGUUGGUAUUGGUGUUGCAUUUUAUUAUGGUCCAAAAAUGGCACCAAUAGGUGUUUUAACAACGAUAGCACUAACAUUUUGUCAAAUAAUUAUUGCACAAUAUUUGAAGAAACGAGCCGAAAACGAUGAAAUGCUAACCCGUGAACCAUUUCGGCUUGCUGCAGAAGUAUUAAAACAUCAUAAAACAGUACAAUAUUUAAUGCGUGAGCGACAUUUCUGCGAUCAAUUUAAUCAAGAAAUGCGAAAAUCGCAUAGCAAAAAUUAUCAUCGUGGUAUUGCUGAAGCAUUUGCAUUUGCGCUUCAUUCAUGUUUUGCAUCUUUUAAUUUUGCCGCAGCAUAUCGUUACGGUUUAUGGCUUAUAGAAAUUGGAAGUACCACUCCAUUUCAAAUAUUUCAGGCGAUUGAAACACUGAAUGUUGCAUCGAUGAGUGUUUUAGCAAUCGGAACUUAUUUUCCGGAAUAUAUACGAGCACGUACGUGUGCUAGUUUGAUCUCUAAAAUGCUUGCUGAAAAGCCAAAGAUUAGCAGUUUGUCAGAAGGAAGAUGUGAAGAAGUAUUGCAAGGUAACAUUAAACUUGAAGAUGUCCAAUUUGCAUAUCCGGUAAAUCGGAAUUGUCUGGUAUUGAAAGGACUAACAAUGGAAGCGCUUAAAGGUAAAAUGGUAGCUUUAGUUGGUUCAAGUGGUUGUGGAAAAUCAACUGUUAUUCAGCUAAUUGAACGAUUUUAUGAUCCAAUCAGUGGCAAAGUUAUGUAUGACAAUACUGAUGUUCGUUACUUGAAUCUUUACAAUAUUCGAAAUCAAAUAGCUUUAGUAAGCCAAGAGCCAGUCCUAUUUAACUAUUCAAUUCGUGAAAAUAUCGCUUAUGGUUUAAAUGAUAUCAGUCAAAGAGAGAUCGAAGAAGCUGCAAAACAAGCUAAUGCUCAUGAUUUCAUUAUGAAAAUGAAAAAUGGUUAUGAUACAGUGGUCGGUGAAAAUGGUGCUCAUUUGUCCGGUGGUCAAAAGCAACGCAUUGCUAUUGCACGAGCUAUUGCACGAAAUCCAACAAUACUUUUGUUAGAUGAAGCAACCAGUGCUUUAGAUGCUGAAAGCGAAAAAAUGGUGCAAGAAGCAUUGGAAAGAACUUGUUAUGGUCGAACAUGCAUUGUUAUAGCACAUCGUUUAUCAACCAUCCAGAAUUCAGAUCAAAUUUUAGUUAUGAAUCAUGGUGCUGUAAUCGAAUUUGGUACUCAUGAAGAGUUACUUCGUUUCAAUGGUCUUUAUGCUAAUCUUAUUGAAAUGCAAAAUCUUCAAUAG